AUGAGUAAAGUAUCUAAAGGUGAACGAGAAUUAUCGCAAUCUGAUCCAGAAAGACAACCAGAAAGACAACCAGAAAGACAACCAGAAAGACAACCAGAAAGACAACAAGAAUUUCAUUGGAAAACAGGCGAAACUAUAAACCUUAUCGUCGGCGCAGACAAAGACGAAAAACGACUUGAUGCUCAAGCAUAUGGAUUUGCAUUCGGUUCUCGAAUAUUAAAAUCUUUAUUUGCUAUUAAAAAAAUUGGACCCGAACAAAAACCUGAAAACGAAAAAAACAAGACAGAAUACCAACAUAAAACAAUAUAUGAAAAUUACGCUGUCUGCAUAGAUCAAAUAUUGGUCUUGUUUAAAUAUGUAUCUCUACUUGCUUUGGCUAUCAUUGGUUUAUGCAAAGCAAAUGCCACUGACUUUAGUGAUGCGUAUAGAGAUAAUUGGAGUAGAGCUUUCAAUAAGACAUUAUCACCUAACAUUCCAUACACCAGAACUGCUUUAGAACAUAUUGGAACGGAUCCAAAAAGUUCUAACGAAAGUAUUGCUAUUGAUUAUGGAAUAAAAUUAUUUGCUGAAGCCGGAAGAAAAUUUGUAUCUUCAAUUAUCGCAAUUUCUGCUUUUAGUUCUGUGGCUUCAAUGGUCUCGCUGUAG